AUGGCCUCAAUUGCCCGGUCCCUGCGCGUCGCUGCGCCUCUGGCCAAGGCUUUUGCCCCUCGCGCUGCUCCCAUGGCCCGUUCCUCCAUGCGAGCAUUCUCCACCACCAAGCUGAGCCUCGCCCGUAGGUACACCAAGGACCACGAGUGGAUCGACCUCUCAGCCGACAAGAAGCACGGCUUCGUCGGCAUCUCCGAGUACGCAGCCGAGCAGCUCGGCGACGUCGUCUACGUCGAGCUCCCCGAGACUGGCGUCCUGGUUGAGCAGGGCGACCAGGUCGGCGCCGUCGAGUCGGUCAAGUCAGCCAGCGACAUCAACGCCCCGAUCCGACUGCGCGUGACCCAGGUCAACGACAACCUCGAGGAGAAGCCCUCCACCAUCAACAAGGUCCCCGAGGACGACAGCGCCGGCGGCGGCUGGAUUGUCAAGGUCGAAGUUGAUGAGGAGGGCGCCAAGCAGUUUGACGAGCUGAUGGACAUUGAGGCCUACAAGGUCUUUGCUGGCAGCGACCACUAA